CAUACAGUUCGAGGGCCUAAAACAGUCCCUUGGUGAGGGACACAUAAACAAGAUGGUUGAGGAUGUUCACCAAUGGGCAGAGAAGGCUUCUGUAGCAAACAGUCCUCUUCAGGACAAAAUUGAGAGCCUCUUCCUCUCCAUUAAACAAAGGAAAAUGGACCUGUACCGACACAAUGAUACCAACAAAUUCAGGAACAGAAUCCGGAAAAAAAUUGAAGGAGAUAGAAUGACCUUAAAAAGACUGAUUCUGCAGUACAAUUCCACACCUCUGGUGGAACAGUUGGAUAUAGGAGGUGUUAUGGCCAACUUAGCCAGCAAUGCUCCUGCUGUACAGCUAUGGCCAUGGAGUGGAGGAGAUACAUGCAACCUUCUUGAGAAAAAGAAAGUCUUUGAUGUGGCCAUGGCAAGACUGCGCUUGGAAGAGGAGAAAGCCAUUUUGGAGGGAGAGAUGGCCCAACACUCAGCCUCACUCAAAGCAGAGGCAGAAGCAGUGAGGAGGGAAAUACAUGCCCAUAGAUGUAGAGACUCCCUAGAUGAAACAUGUAGCCAUCUCUGUCUGUUAAGGUCAAAGUUGGCCCAACUCCAAAAACAUUUAGAGGUGGUCUGCCAGGCAUACAUGUCAAACGCAGCAGUAGUGGACCCCAAUGAUAAUGAGGAACAAUGGAUGACAAAUGACACAGACGAAGAUGAAAGCGGUGGAGACAGUGAUGGCAAUAACGAUGAAGAAUGUUAUUAAUUAGGAGAUCGUCUGAGCCCAUAAGUAUUACCAUAUUGAUAGUCCGUCACAGGCAAAGACUAUCAAGAUGGGGCAGUGUUAACCAUCUGAAAUUGAUUUGG